CCACUCAGGGCGCUGCACAGUUCACACUGCAGGGACAGAGAAGAGGAAGAAACAUUUCACCCCUCCUAAGGAUCAGGAAACAGUUUCUGUUUAUAUACGUUUGGAUUAAGAGACACAUCUGGAACCCCGGAGACGUGUGGGAGGGAAGCAGCCUCCAACAGAUGCGUAAAAAGCGUUCAGUGAUUCUCUGGAGAUGUUUGACUGAAUCACUGCAGGUGUGAACGUCAAAGGAAAUCUGAUCUCUCUAUUUUCCACUCCAGUUCCUGCAGCACCUGCUCAUCACUGAGAUUGGUCUCCAGUCAUCCACGUUUGGGACUUCAGAGAGUGGAGCCAAUCUUCCAGAGGGGCAUUGUUUGUCUGUAUUCAAAACACAGCUCAGAGAACUUGUAAUUAUGCUCACACUGAUCUCAGUUUCUGCUGCUGCGUGACUGAGUGGGGGAAGAGGUGGAGGAUAGAAGUUUUUCUUGAAGUUUAGAGAAGGUGGAAGAGGGAGGGAGGCGUAAACAGAAGCAGUAAACAGAGCCAGAGCUUUUCUAAACACAUCUGUUUGCUUGUGGGAUCGGAACUGCAGCAGCUGUGCUGGAAGAAGAGAAGAAGACGCGACAGCGAUGGCUUCAGACGCCUCUUUCAAGCAGAUCUUCCAUCUGAGGACCAGAUCCACCUCCACCUUUCUCCUCCUGCUGCUCCUGCUGUCCCUGUUGCUGUGGAGCCAGCAGGCCGAAGCCGUGGUCCAGUCCAGCUUCCAGCGGCUCAGCGGCCGCGAGAAGAAGGAGAUGCAGAAGGAGAUCCUGAGCAUCCUGGGCCUGCCGGUGCGCCCCCGACCCCACCCGCCACUGCGCCCGCCCUCCUCCGCGCCGCUCUUCAUGCUGGACCUGUACCACGCCAUGUCGGUCGACGGCGGGGAUGAUGGGAAUGAAAUCAUCGUGAACGGAGCCGGGAUGGGGAGGUUUGGAGGAGCUGCGCAGGUCCACCACGUGGCCCUGCCCAUCCUCAGCACGCACACGCCGCCGCUGGGGACGGUGGUCAGCGAGGCCGACACGGUGAUGAGCUUCGUCAACCUGGUGGAGCAGGAGCAUGACCUCCUGCAGCCUCGUCCAUACUGGAAGGAGUUUCGUUUUGACCUGACCCCCCUCCCUCAGGGUGAGACGGUGACGGCAGCAGAGUUUCGGAUCUAUAAGACGCUGACGGUGGGCCAGAGGGCGAACCGAACUCUGCACAUCUCUGUCUAUGAGAUCCAGCGAGAGAACAGACGCAGAGAGCCGGAGCUUGUGCUGCUGGACAUGCAGUCAGUUCCCGCAGGACAGGAGGGCUGGCUGGCCUUUGACGUCACCUCGGCCUCCAACCACUGGCUCCUCCACCCUCGCAGCAACCUGGGGAUACGUCUGUAUGUGGAGACUGAGGAAGACCGCUCUUUAUCUGCCAGCUGGAUCGGAUUGGUGGGUCGCAGGGGUCCUCGCUCCAAGCAGCCCUUCAUGGUGACCUUCUUCAGGGAGAGUCAGGUCCCGUGUCGGCCGCCGCGAGCUGUCAAGCCACAUCCCAGAAAGAGGAAGCCUAAAUAUGACCUCCCCGUCCCCAACUUCCACAAUCGGAAGACAGCAAACAGUGGAGGUCAGCCGUGUAAGAAGCACGAGCUUUACGUCAGCUUCAGUGAUCUGGGAUGGAAGGACUGGGUUUUGGCCCCACCUGGAUACUCGGCGUACUACUGUGAUGGAGAAUGUUUUUACCCUCUGGGUUCCUGCAUGAAUGCCACCAACCAUGCCCUCAUCCAGCAAGUGGUCCAUCUCCUGAAGCCUCAAGAGGUCCCAAAGGCCUGCUGCGCUCCCACGAAGCUCAGCCCCAUCUCCGUCCUGUUCUAUGACGACAACAACAACGUCAUCCUCAAAAAGCAUCGCAACAUGGUGGUUAAGACUUGCGGGUGCCUAUGAGACGAGACAAGCAUCUGCCAUCCAGACUCCAGUUUACACUAAAAAUGCCUGUGGAUGAUUUAGCUUUCAGGACAUGAACUCUUAAGGGCUUUGCAGUGAGUUGGAUAUCUCUUGUGUUUAAGGUCGGAUCAACAGCUCGUCACCCCUGUUUUUGGUAAACUAGAACCAGGUGCACGUUCAGGAGAGGUUCAACUCUGGAACCAGUUAACUUCUCUACAGGUCAAAGAUCCAUGUCAUGAGGUUAUAGAUAUGAUCCAGUUAUCAUUAACUUAGUGGGCCCAGUGUUUUAAAUAUAGUAAAAAUCAGGCACAAAAUCAGACGAGUGAUGAGUUGCAUUUGGUUUUUAAUUUGAAAAAAUCACCUUCAAAGAGAAUGAGUAGCAGGAGUGUAGAAUAAACACCAGCACAAAAAAAACAAAAAAACAAAACAAAACAAGGGAAUAAGCUCAUUUUGAUACGCUGCUACUUGAACUUAAGACAAUUAAAAAGGUUCAACUCUGGUUGGAACUGUUCCCCGUUGGUUUAGACAGACUCAAUCUACAUUGAAUCUGUUUCAGGUCGCAUAGACUCCUGAUAUGAGCGGUUACCACAGUGCUGGUAACUGUACAGCUCUUCUUUCUGUCUAAAUACCCCUUUUUAACCAACAGCUGGGGUUGAAAAGGGAUAUUUAUGUUUAUAAUAAUGUACCGAAGGUUAGUCUUACUUCACUUUAUGAUAAAACAUCUUUAUCGACAGCUUUCAGUUCUGAAAAAGUAAAAUAAAACUGAGGUGGAUCCAGAGGCCUCUCAUGGUGCCUUGUUCGGAAAGAAGAAAAUGCUAGAAUUACAGAGAUUAACUGUAUUCAGUGAAUCUAAAUGUAUGUGCUUCAGUCGUAUUUAAAAUUAAUUGUAAAUAAUCCAAUUUGUGUACAUUUUAUUUGGCCUAACCUCUGAAUCCACUGCUUUCAUAUAUUUAAAUUAAAUCUGUACAAAAGUAAUUCGGAAAAGCUGACAAAUGAUUGUGAUUUUCUACAAUUGCCAUUAUGCUUACAGUAACAAUAAAGAUCUAUAAGAAAUAAUUAUAUAAAAUGUUCUAUUUGUAAUUAUUCAAGAAGGUAAUUACUGCCCCCCCUCCCAAAAAAAAAAAAAAUUAAAAAGAGAGGAAGGGUACCGUUCAGCAGUGGUUUAACAUAACUAUGAAAUUUGAGGAAACACUGAAGGAUUGAAGGAUCAUAUUUCCUGUAAAUCGGGGUGUCCAGCGUCGGCCCUCAGUGGUUGCUGUCCUGCAGGUUUUAGAUACUUCCUGCUUCAACACACCUGGGUCAGAUUAAUGAGUAACAGGUUUCUGCAGAACCUGAUCACUUGUUGGGAUCCAUUUAAUUUGAAUCAGCAGGGAAACAUCAAAGCCUGCAGAACGGAGCUGCGGGUUAAUAUAUUGGUGGACGACACUGGACAUCUCCGCUGCAGAUGAAGACAGAAAGAAUAAAGAAUAAAGGUCUUGGGUCCCGAAGUUAGUCCUUUUCUUUAACAGGAAACUAAGCAGAACGGAUUUAGAUGCUUAUUUGUCAACAGUGGGUGUAGUGUUUAAGAUGGGUGUCAUCUCCAACGUCACCACUAGAUGUCACUAACUGCUGCUUUUUUUUUUAAUAUCCAGCUGUAAACUGAAAGUUUAUAAAGCUGCUGCGCUCGUACCAGAAAGCAGGUUCAACUGAAAGAAACUGAGUGAACUGAGUCUGUUUCUGGUUUGACUCGGGUAAAUCAACUCCGAGUAUCUUUACCCAGAGUUAGAAACAUGAUUAACUGGAUUCACCAUGGCAACUGCUGACAAAGGUUGCUAGUUGUUUAACCCCACUGGAGAAAGAGAUUCUCAUACAAGCGUAUGAGGAAUAUGAAGAGGGGUUCUGAGGAAAACAAAGGAAUGCUGCUGUUAAGCAGAGAGGCAUCAUGGGAGAAAACUGCUGCCUGAGUUAAUGUGGAAUCCACUGGUACUUAACUUUAUUAAAACUGUAGCAUGUGGGUUAAUAUGCUGGUGGAUAAAAUAAACCGUUUUGUUUACGUUCAAUCCUAACAGAAAUAAAAGCUGUCCAAGACCAUGAUUGGACGUCUGUUAUUUCUGGUUCACACCAGCUGAUAUACAAACGUAAAUCCCAUUAACACCUACAUGUCCUCUCACCUAACAUCCUGAUUUCUGGCCUGACUCCAUGCACCGUCUUUCUAAAAUCUAUGUUGCCAGUGUCAUAAAGAAAAGGUCCCAUUUAAAUCCAUCCGGUAUCAUGACCCCAAACUCGCUCCGACAAAAAUGUGCCAUUUGAUGACAAGUCUUACCUCUGAGUUUUUUUUUUUUUUUUUACAGCUUAGGCUUAACAUACUUCAGCGUUUAAACAAACUGCUUUCUGGAACGGGCCCAAUAUCCCUACAAGAGAAAAAGAUUAAUUUUGAUGUUUUCAGUGUCUGCUUCUACCUGCCAACACCAACCUUUUUUUUCUAAUACCAUCAACAAAGUCAACCAAGAACACCAGUCACAUUAAAUACAUUGUUCAGUUUAUUGAAAAAGGGUAGAAAAAAAGACAAAGCAAAUUUGGUUAGUUUCUUGCCAGUUAAUAAAGAAUAAACCAUUUUGUUAAUACUAAAUGAUUUAACUCUCAGUCCUUGGGGCUAAGUCAUGUUUCUUUAAACUACAAAUGAAUUUGAGGACAACGCAGCUUGCUUUAAACAAAAAAAAAAAAACCCUCUCGUCCUGGUUCAUCUGAAGUGGAUUGUGAUUAUUGCUGCAGGAGGACGAC